CGCGGUUUUGCAUCUCUGUCUCCCCUCCUUCCUUAUAUAUCCCUCUGUCCACUUAUCCAAUUCCUCGCGUCUGUUUCUUCUCUCUAAUCUCUCUAGUUUUUUUUGGUCAAUCUUCUUCUCUCUAAACUAACAAAACACAACAAUACAACCAACAUUUUCAUACACAGCUAGAUACUCAUUACACGACACCAAGGGGUAAAGCGAAAAGACAUACUUUACAGAUUAUCAUCGACGUGGUCUGGCGGCGAACGAUACUUCACCAGGCUACUUUGUUCGGCUUGAUAAACCAAGAGCUGUAGACGAUCUCUACAUAGGCAAGAGAGGGAAGAUGCGUAGGUGGUUGUGCUGCGUUUGCCACGUCGAAGAGCCUUACCAUUCUCCUGAAAAUGAGCAUCUGAGAAGAAGCCCCAAGGACUAUAAUGAUAAGGAUAAGAAACCACAGGCUGCUGUGAAGCCUGAUGUGUUAAAGGAGCCUCCAGCUAUUGAUGUCCCUGCGUUGUCAUUGGAUGAGCUGAAAGAGAAGACUGAUAACUUUGGAUCAAAGGUGUUGAUCGGUGAAGGCUCAUACGGAAGAGCUUACUACGCAACUUUGGAAGAUGGCAAAGCCGUGGCGAUCAAGAAGCUUGAUAACGCAGCUGAGCCUGAAUCGAACUUUGAGUUCUUGACUCAGGUCUCGAGGGUCUCUAAGCUGCGGAAUGAGAAUUUCGUUCAGCUGUUUGGUUACUGUGUUGAAGGGAACCUUCGUAUACUUGCGUAUGAGUUUGCUACGAUGGGAUCUUUACAUGAUGUUCUACACGGGAGGAAAGGUGUGCAAGGAGCGCAGCCAGGUCCAGCUCUUGAUUGGAUCCAACGGGUGAGAAUAGCAGUUGAUGCGGCUAAGGGACUUGAGUAUCUACAUGAGAAGGUUCAGCCUGCGGUGAUACAUAGAGAUGUUCGGUCUAGCAAUGUGCUUCUCUUUGAAGAGUUUAAAGCCAAGAUUGCUGAUUUUAAUUUGUCGAAUCAGUCUCCUGAUAUGGCUGCUCGUCUUCAUUCCACUAGAGUUUUGGGAACGUUUGGUUACCAUGCACCAGAGUAUGCUAUGACUGGUCAGCUGACGCAGAAGAGUGAUGUUUAUAGUUUUGGUGUGGUGCUUUUGGAGCUCUUGACUGGUAGAAAGCCUGUUGAUCAUACAAUGCCUCGUGGCCAACAAAGUCUUGUCACUUGGGCCACUCCAAGGCUGAGUGAAGACAAAGUGAAGCAAUGUGUUGAUCCGAAACUCAAAGGAGAGUAUCCUCCUAAAGCUGUUGCAAAGCUUGCGGCUGUUGCAGCCUUGUGUGUGCAAUACGAAUCAGAGUUUAGGCCGAACAUGAGCAUUGUGGUUAAAGCUCUACAACCUUUGUUGAGGUCAGCAACACCAGCAGCUGCUCCAUCCCAGGAAAUUUAAUUCUUCUAUGUUAUAAUGGGAGAUUGGUUUCUGUUUCAUAUGUUGCCAUACCAUGCAUACAUAUUCAUACCAAACAAAUAUAUUUUCAAUACUUCUUAUAUGUAUUACGGUUAUAAGUAGUGUGUUGGUGCCUCUUGACAAUUGUUUGGUGGAGUCAUUUGAUUCUUAUAAUUCUAUUUAUUCGUGAUUUUUCA